UGGGGACAAUCGCACGUCUGGGGACGGACCCAGAUCCAACGUCACAGAACACCAAAGGGGACAGACAUCUCUGAAUAUCGAGAGGUGACACUGGGGGACAGACAGCUCUGGACCAACUAGUGGGCACAGGCAGCUGUGGACUAGUGGAGCGGUCUGUCAGUGGCCACUUUAGUGCCAGAGGGACACCCAGAGUGGUGACUAGUAGUGGCUGUCACACAGGUGACAGAAAGCUGGUUUACUGGACGAGUUGUGGUGAAUGCAGCACAAAAGCAGAAAGACAACAGUAAGUAGGGACCACCAGUGACUGUAACUCUUGCUGACAGACAAAUCUGCAGCCUAACAGGGACCAGUGGUGACUAACUCUUGCUGAGAGACAAAACUGCAAAAAGGAUAAGCAGCAACUGUAGCUCUUCAUGAAAGACAAGACUGCAGCCUAUCACGGACCCGUUGUGACUGUAGCUCUUUCUGACACGGACAACGAAAUUGUAGAACUCUGAAGACUGUACUGUGCUGUAUCACCUCCUGCUGUUAUGGAGUUCCUGGGCUCAGUGUCUCUCCUCUCCUCCCCGUCUCCCACCUCCUCCUCCGAGCCUCUCUUUAACAUGUCCUCCUCCUCCUCCUCCUCUCCCUCUCUCUCUCCCUCCCCCAGCACUGCCUCCACCGCCCUCUUCUGCUUCCUGCUCUCACUCCUCUCCCUGCUCGGCAUCGUGGGUAACCUGUACACCAUCGGCCUCCUCCUGCUGCGUCGGCGCGGCACCAGGGCGGGCCGCAGGAGACGGCUGUGGGGAGGCGGGGCUCCGUCGUCUGCGUCUCCAUGCUGCUGCUGCUGCCUGCCUGGCUCCUCCUUCUCCUCCCCGUCCCUCUCUCCCUCCUCCUCCCCCAUCACCUCCUCCUACUCCUCCUCCACCUCCUCUUCUUCCUCCUCCCUGCACCUCCAGGUGUUGAGCCUGGCCCUGGCGGACCUCCUGUACCUCUCCACUGCCCCGUUUAUUGUCUACGACAGCCUGACUCCGGACUGGGGCUUCGGUGAGGUGGGCUGUCGCUUACUGCUGAGCCUGGAUCUCCUCACCAUGCACGCCAGCAUCUUCACGCUCACAGCCAUGAGCAUGGACCGGUACCGCGCCGUGGCUGACCCACUGGCCGCCUCGGUGUCGCCUUCCUCUGGCCUGCUGAAGGUGGUGCUGGCCUGGGGAGUGGCGGUGGCCCUCAGCCUGCCCAUGAUGAUCACGCUCCACCUGGAGGACAGCGGCGGCAUUGCGGACGGCGGCACGGUCGGUGAUGUCGUUGGUGGUGACGUGGAUGCGGGGACACGCAUGCUGUGCGUGCCGGCGUGGGACGAGCAGAGCUCCAAGACGUACCUCACCAUCCUCUUCUGCACCAGCAUCCUGGCGCCAGGCCUGGCCAUCGGCGGACUCUACUCGGCACUCGCCAUCCUCUAUUGGCGCUCCCAGAGCAGCGCGGCCUGGAGCUCCGGCCAGGACAGGGUGACGCAGCGCGCCCCGCGGCCCAAGGUGCUGCUCCUCAUCCUGGGCAUCGUGCUGGCCUUCUGGGCCUGCUUCCUGCCCUUCUGGGUCUGGCAGCUGCUGCCGCUCUACAGGGAGGACUUCCUGCCCUCGGUGCCCGUUAGCACGCAGGUGACGGUCAACCGCAUCCUGACGGGGCUCACCUACGGCAACUCCUGCGUCAACCCCUUCUUCUACACGCUGCUCACAGGGAAGAGGAGCAGGAGGAACAGGCAGACCAUCAGCUCCAGCGCCCCCUUGUGUCAAAAGACGAGCUCCAUACGCUAG